AUGGAAAAGAGCACUGAAGAGCAUCUCGACGACGGAGCCAUCGUGGAUGGUUCCGUGCGUCGAAAGAGUGUGGUCAGCAUGAAACGCAAUACUACAGGCGAAAUUCAUAAUCCACUCACCGGCAUCCCUAAAGAUAGAUUACUACAUGAUGUAGAGAAAUUUGCGCACGAUUCUGAGCUCACUGAUGCGCUUCCGUACUUGUUCAAGGGUGCACUUGCCGCUCAGUCGCCUGAGCACUAUGACAGCAUUAUCGAUUUAGACGAGGAUGAUCGCGAGGUUUUGAGAGUCGAGAGGGAUCACAGAUGGAGGCAUCCCAAGGCUCUAUACCUUACGAUCAUCCUGAACUCCAUCAGUGCGGCAAUUCAAGGCUGGGACCAGACAGGCUCCAAUGGUGCAAAUUUGUCCUUCCCACAGGCCUUCGGGAUUGGCAUGGCUCUCAAAGAAGUCACCGUCCCAGUAUAUUCGGCCAAGAAUGCACCCACUGUUAUUCGAGGCGCCUUAGUCAUGUCAUGGCAGCUUUUCGUCGCCUUUGGCAUCAUGCUUGGCUUCUCUGCCAACCUCGUCGUUGUCAAUACUGGAGACAUCGCAUGGCGCCUUCAACUCGGGUCCGCUUUUAUACCCGCUGUACCACUUAUUAUUGGUAUCUUCUUCGCGCCAGAGUCGCCUCGCUGGCUCAUUAAGAAGGGUCGGCAUCGGGCAGCGUAUCAAGCUCUCCUCAGACUGCGCAACUCGCCGCUACAAGCAGCUCGAGACCUAUAUCUCAUCCAUGCCCAGAUCCAGGUGGAAGAUGCCAUGAUAGAAGCACGGGAAGUUGCGAAGACCGAUAACAUGGUCACUAGAUUUAUUGAGCUUUUCACGAUACCGCGCGUACGUCGCGCAACGCAGGCUUCGGGUGUCAUUAUGACUGCGCAGCAGAUGUGUGGGAUCAAUAUCAUUGCGUUCUACUCUUCGACCAUCUUUAGAGAAGCUGGCGCAAGUAAUAUCGUGGCUCUGCUUGUGUCUUGGGGCUUUGGCAUGACGAUGUUCAUAUUCGCAUUCCCCGCCCUAUACACGAUCGACACAUGGGGUCGACGCACGCUCCUCAUCGCCACCUUCCCUUUCAUGUGUCUCACUCUCCUCGGCACCGGUUUCUCCUUCUACAUUCCCGAGUCUUCAGCAGCGCACCUCGGCCUCAUAGCCCUCUUCAUCUCCCUCUUCGUCGCUUUCUACAGUCCAGGUGAGGGACCUUGCGCCUUUGUCUACUCCGCCGAAGUAUUUCCACUCUCUCACCGCGAGAUCGGCAUGUCCUGGGCUGUUGCGACCAACAACUUCUGGGCCGCUGUCUUAGGUCUUACAUUCCCCCGCAUAUUGCAGCAGUUCACGCCAACGGGUAGUUUUGGCUUUUACGCGGGUCUGAACCUGGUGGCUCUUUCGUGGAUCUUCUGCUUCAUGCCGGAGACAAAACAGAGGAGUUUGGAAGAGCUGGACUAUGUCUUUGCGGUGCCGACGACUACUCACGCGAAGUUUCAACUUACGCAGGUGCUGCCGUGGUGGGUGGGCAGGUAUAUUUUGAUGCAGAAGGAUAGGGCAGAGCCGAAGCUAUAUCAUUUUGAAACUGAGGACGAGUGA